AAAAUUUGAGACCAUUUCACAGAACUUUCAGAUACAACUACACAAGAAGUUAAGCCAUUUUCAGUCUUCAAAAACCCUCCAUGCCGACUCUAACUUUCUCUCUCUUCCAUGGCCAAAAUCGAAGAUAACACCAUCAUAUCAAAACCCAGAAGCAGAACCAGCAGCUGCUUUCUGGGUUGCUUUGGAUUUUCCGGGAAAGUCAAAGUUUCCGAGGAAAUUCCUCGGAAAAAGUCUCCUCGCUGGUUUUCAUGGCCACGGUUGAAGAAAUCCGACGCCAAAACUGUCCCUGUCGAUGCCGCCACUGCUCCUGCCGGCAAGAAAAUCACCUCCAAACACCAUGCUCCAGCGAAGAUUCCGGCAGACUCGCCGGAGCAAAGUGAGCAUGAAAAACUCCAAAAGACAAGGCAUGAAACUUCCCAGAACAUCAUCCUCGAAGAUAACAAAGAUUUGGAUCAUGUGAGUUCAACUAAAAAGAACACUUGUCAAAAACAAUUAUCCAUUGACCGAAAAAUUACCGUCUCAAAAAUCAGCAAUAGUCACCCCAGUUCACCAAAGAAGAAGUCAAAGCUCGAUCAUACUAUUACCGUGUUAUCUCCCUCCUCUUCCCCAAAGCAAAAGAACAAACAAGUGACAAAUGUGGGCGAAAAUUCUAAAAGCCAUGGGAAUAAAAUGUUGCCGGAAAGUGACACACUCAUCGGAAAAUUCAACCCGGUAAUUGGAUUGUCAAUUAUAAUGGUGACCCUAAUAAUAAUGUUUGUAUGGGGUAGGGUUUGUGCCAUUCUUUGUACUGCUGCAUUGUUUUAUGUCGUUCGUCGUUUCAAAAUUGUCGCUAAGUCUAGUGUUAGUACUCAAAAUGAAUCAAAUCAGAUAGAUUCGGAUUUGAAUUAUGAUGAGUACAAGAAGAAAGUGGUUCUAGAAGGCUUUCUUGAGAGAAAGCAUCGAAAUAUAAUAGGAAAUUUGUAGUGCCAAUAUAUACACUUCACGUAGAGAAUAAGAUAGAAAGGUCUUGUUUGUAUUUACGUAGGGAUAGGAAUGUCUUAUUUGUAUUUGAACAUAACUCGCACGGUACCAUAGAUUUAUAAAGACCAAAAUAUUUCAUUUAAGUUUCGUUUGGUUUGAGUUAUUUUAGUUUAGAAAUAAAAUUGACCUA